AUGGAUUCCGAGCAAGAAAUCAAGCUUUUCGGAAAGUGGAGUGCUGAUGAUCUGAAUGUACAUGAUCUCAGUUUAACUGAUUACAUCAACAUCAAGCGAAAAGGAAAUCCAAUCGUUCCACAUACUGCUGGUCGCUAUCAAGUUAAACGGUUUCGUAAAGCAUUGUGUCCUUUAGUGGAGCGCAUGUGCUGUUCUCUUAUGAUGCAUGGUCGCAAUAAUGGAAAGAAGGUCAAGGCGAUAAACAUUCUAAAACAUACGUUCGAAAUUAUACACUUGCUUUCUGGUGAGAACCCAAUCCAUGUGCUCGUCAAUGCUGUGCUUAACAGUGGUGCAAGAGAAGAUUCAACUCGUAUUGGUCGUGGUGGUACUGUCCGACGUCAAGCAGUUGAUGUCUCUCCUCUACGACGAGUGAACCAGGCAAUUUAUCUUUUGUGUACCGGAGCUAGAGAAGCAGCCUUCAGAAAUGUUAAGACCAUAUCUGAAUGCCUAGCUGACGAACUUCUUAAUGCCGCUAAAGGCAGCUCAAAUUCCUAUGCAAUCAAAAAGAAGGAUGAGUUGGAACGUGUCGCCAAAUCCAACCGAUUUUGGCAAGACCUCGUUAUUAUUUCGAUAGCACGAGAUCGCCAACGAAUGCACCUUAACUACAACCUUCAACUACCUUCUGAUAUUUGGCCUAUGGAGGGGUCUAACCUGUAACUGGCACGUAGUCUUGCUGUAGUGGUGAUCAUAGUCAGCCGCGACUCGACACCUACAACAUCUGGUGAGUGACAACUUCGGACACGGCUCAACCAUUGGAAAAUCUCUCGAAGAAGACUAUUACUGUCAGUCUAACAUCUAUCCAUCCAGAUUUGUUUCACAUUUCAUAACGUUACUUUUCAAUAUAUAAUAUCCUGGCAACAACUCGAAAUAAUGGAUAACGGUAAGAAUGUCAUUAAUAUAAUAGACACCGAUCUACAGGUUAUCAAUUUCCGACCUAUCUCUUUUAUCCCCCACGAUCCAGAAAUCAGUUUCCCGGUACUGAAGGCUCGAUUCAAGAUCCGCCAUGUUACGAAACGGCGGCAAAUAUACGCCUACUCUCUGGAAACGCUGCCUGGGAUCAUAUUGCCUUUGACUGUGAGGUGGUGCUCAAUCCCAAUGUAUCUGACGAUCGUUGGAUCGUCUCAACUAGGCGAUUCUCAAAUAUUUCCUCCCGUCGAGGGGGGGACGUUUUGCGAACAUUAUUAGCACGUCACCCCUUGGCUGAUGCUAAACCGAACCACCUACUCACGUGCCUGCAAUUUUUAGCAGGACCCAUGACAGCCGAUUCCGGAAUAUUUAAGGGAUUGUGGCUCGAAUCAUUACCAACACAUAUAAAGCCUAAGUUUACGGCCCUAUUGAGGAUGCACCACUUAACCAGGUCUCCCUGAUAGCAGACAAGGUAUGAGCAAGGGCUAGCACUUGAAACAUCUAUAUAGUCGCCUCAACGUCACGUAUACAUAGCCGUCUCAAUUUCCGAAACCGUUCCAGCAUAUCAGAACCCUACAUCCCACGAGCCAUGUCGCGGUCACAUGAAGGCGUAAUUACUCGCCCUAAGCAGGCAUAUUCCAACCCACGCCAGGAGGCGACUUUGAAAGCGAGUACUGGUUUGAGCUGGUUUCACCGUGUCUUUGGGUGCGGUGCUCGCCGUUGUCGAGCCCCCUGUUCAUACAAGGCUGGAAACUCCCGUGCUGGCCGAUAAAUGCGGCCGUGCUCGCCGGCCCCUAACCUUAAGUUGGUCGUUUACUUUAUGUGCAUGACUAUCGCACUAACGCUAGGUACCUAGUAGAUACAGGUUCCCUAAGAUUUUGUCGUACCGGUUGGUAACAGUAAGUCUCAAGCUACAAUGCUUCGACCACGCGCUGCGAAUGGCUAAGUCAUUCCCACCUGCGGUACAUGACAGCGUACGGUCAACCUGAGCAGCCGACGACAGUAUCUGUGGACGUCCAUCAUUGCCGAUGUUCCCACGGUCAUAUUCGGUAUCGAUUUUCUACAGCACUAUGAAUGCUAGUCGAUUCACGUAGGCUGCAGCUAAUCGAUACUUCGUCAAACAGUAAACUCAGGAGCUUUAAAGCUCAGGCAAACACGUACCGAACCACAGACGUAUUUCAUUCGCGUGACGAUAUAUUCCGCGCUUUAUUCCAGAAAUUCCCUCCAAUUGACUAAACCUCUCGAGGAGAUCCCAUAGGAGACCAAUCAUGUGGUACACCACCUAGUCACCCCCAGUCACGGCAAGACCUUGUCGACCGCCACUGGAGAAAUUAGCUUUUGCUAAAUGUGAGUUCGACAUUUUACUAACUACUGGUAUUAUUCGUCCUUCUCACAGUAC